AUGAGUCCAGUACACUCCAUCCUACGGUUAGGCGUUGACGUAGGAGGAACAAAUACCGAUGCAGUCCUCCUCGAUCUGUCGGAGGGUUCGCGAAGAGGACAGGUUCUCGCAUCAGCAAAACAUCUCACUACAACAGACGUCACUCUGGGAAUCCAAAAUGCCAUCGAGUCCGUGUUAACGCAGGCUCAGAGCAAGUCGAACAUUCAAGCGCUCUGUAUUGGCACGACACACUUUGUAAAUGCAUUGGUAGAAAGAGAUCCUCGGCGUUUGGAUAGAGUCGCAAUCAUUCGCCUAUGUGGCCCUUUUACGCAUGGAACCCCGCCAUUCGUAGGCUUUCCGCAUGAGCUGCGAGACUUACUUCAAGGUCCCCACUUCCUGCUCCCAGGAGGCCUGCAAAUUGACGGAAGUGAGAUUGCUUCUGUCAUCGUCGCGCAAGUCGAAUCUGCCUGCGAUGAAAUCAACCGCCAGGGCAUACAUGCAGUUGUCGUGUCCUCAGUGUUCGCUCCCAUCGACUUUGAGAUCCAACAAGAGGAAACAGUCGCAGCGAUUGUACGGAAGCGCAUUCCGGGAAUAGAUGUCGUAUGCUCCAAAGACGUUGCCGCCAUCGGGCUGCUGGAGCGCGAAAACGCAUCCAUCCUGAAUGCUGCAUUGUUACGAUACGCGAAGAAGACAGUAAUAGGUUUUGAGAAGGCAGCCAGGGCACUUGAGCUGAAGUGCUCCGUUUUCAUCACGAGUAAUGAUGGCACCUUGCUCAGCUGCGCACAGGCAGCGCGUCUUCCUAUUCGAACUUUUUCGUCCGGCCCAACGAAUUCCAUGCGCGGCGCCGCGUUCUUGGCCGCACGGGAGUCAGGCAUCUCAAAGCAAUCCGCACUAGUAGUUGAUAUUGGCGGCACAACGACAGACAUCGGAAUGUUGCUACCUAGUGGAUUUCCUCGUCAAGCCGCCGCUCAUCAUGAGUUCUGUGGGGUUUUGCUGAACUUCUCCAUGCCACAUGUUACCAGUAUUGGCCUUGGCGGGGGUUCCAUCAUUCGAGAGGACCCAGUCACAAAGAAGGUCACUGUUGGUCCUGAUUCCGUUGGCCAUAGGAUCACAUCUGAAUCUCUAGUUUUUGGUGGCUCUACACUGACCGCUACCGACGUGGUUGUUGCAGCAGGCUGUGCUUCAAACAUUGGAGACGAAAGUCUUGUUUCCGGAAUUGGACAGUCAAUCAUCGAAGGCGCUCAAAGUGCUAUCAAGAAGAUGCUCCAGAACAACCUUGAUGCCAUGAAAACAUCUUCCCAGGAUAUCCCAGUUUACCUGGUCGGCGGAGGGUCCAUCCUUGCUCCAGAUGUUCUUGCAGGCAUCAGCCGGGUUCACAGAUUUCCUCACUUUGACGUCGCGAACGCGGUUGGCGCUGCCAUUGCCCAGAUAUCAGGCAUCAUUGAUUCCUUCGAAGACACAUCCACAAAAACCAUCGUACAAGUUCGCGCUGAUGUCGAAGCCAGGGCUAUCGCUCGAGCAAUUGCUUCGGGAGCGGAUCCGCGCCGUAUCGCCAUAGUAGAGAGCGAGGUCAUUCCGAUCGCCUAUACCAGCGGUCGCUGCCGUUUUUAUGUCAAGGCUGCCGGAGACUGGAGUGGCGUCGCUAGUCCAAGUUGGCUAGAGGUUGAUCAUCCUUUGCAUGUUGAAGCUUCUACCGGGGAGACCGCCUCCCGGCCACAAAUGGUAGCAUCCGCCGCCGCCUCUGCCGUCGUGGCGCCGGUUAUGCGUUCUGCGAGUGACAUCCUGGAGUACGAGCCAAGGAUAGAAAAGAGAGAAUGGCUCUUGUCCGAGGUUGAUCUGGAGUGGAUUGCAGAUGGCUGCUAUGUAUUGGGAUGCGGCGGUGGCGGGUCCCCCUUGCAUACUUUCCUGGAAUUGAGAGAACUCGUACGGUCAGGUGAAACAGUACGAGUGAUUGAUUUUUCGUCAGCUACAUCCAAUGCACUGGUAGGAUGGGGCGGAGGCCUGGGUAGCCCAGAAGUGUCCUCUGAGAGACUUCUUGGAAACGAAUAUCAAGAAGCUAGCGCGGAGUUGUGGUCAUUUAUGGGGAUUACGAAACCAGAAGCUCUUUGCGCGAUAGAGAUCGGGGGUGCGAACGGUAUGAUCAACAUGAUUCUGGGAUCGACGAAAUACGCCAACAUACCCUGCAUGGAUGGAGAUUUCAUGGGCCGUGCAUACCCUACCUGGCAUCAAACCACGGCCAAUGUCUACGACGUCAGUGGCACAGGAGCCAAGAUGCUCCCGAGUGUCAUAUCCAGUGGAGAUGGGAACAUCAUGAUUAUGACAAAGGCCAAACGUGACACAGACGUCGAUGCCGCUUUGCGAGCAGCAUGUGUUGAAAUGGGGACGCAUGUGGGACAGGCCAGCUGCCCUCUGAAAGCCGAUUAUGUGGACAAAGCUAUGAUUAAAAACACAGUAUCAUUGAGCUGGCGCAUUGGACGAGCCAUUGCAUUAGCUCGCAAACAAUCAAGUUUGUCUCGGAUUGGAGCAAUUCUUGUUGAUGCCGUAGGUGGCUCCAGCUCCGCAAGAGUGUUGUUCAUGGGCAAGAUCACCGAUGUGAAAAGGCGUCUGUACAAAGGCCAUACGAUUGGAGAAGUUAUCAUCACCGCGCUGACCGUGGAUGACGAUGUUGAUGAUGAUCCUGAUUGUCCCAUGGAGCGCUUCACCGGAAUACUCACCAUUCCAUUCAAGAACGAGAACCUGUAUGCAGAACAUACCACAGAUGACGCCAUAACCACUGUGAGAAUGGCCGCAACUGUUCCCGAUCUAAUCGCCGUGCUUGAUGCUCAAAAUGGGUCUGCUCUCGGCACGCCUCAAUAUAAAUAUGGGUUACGGGUUCUCGUGCUCGGGAUCACCGCGGCUCCCCAGUGGACCGGUUCUGAACGUGGCCUUGCUCUCGGAGGCCCAAGUGCGUUUGGAUUCACACAUAUUCCGUACAAGCCAUUGGGCAAGUACACACAGCCUCGGUCUGUGAUCGAAGAGUAUGUCCGUAAUGGUUGA